GGACGGCAGAAGAGGCUUCGCCUGAGCCGAGCGCUCUUUCUUUCUCCGCGCAGUCUCCAAGCCGCGCGGGCUCGUGGGGAGCGCGAGGCCGCCGAGGUGCCCGCGGGAGGGAGGCCCGCUCCGGCGCGCCCCGCGCCCGCGCCUGCUGACAGCUGCAGCUGGGCUUGAGCUGUCCGCUCCCGGCUCCGCGGCCUCCGCCCCCUCGGGCUCCCUUCCCUCCGCCCCUACCCCUCCUGCUCCGGUGCGGAUCGUUUCGCAACCGCUCGCUUCUCGCCCCUUGCCCUGCUGUUUUCUAUUUCCCGGCCCCACUUCUUAAGUACUUUGCCCCCUGCUAUUGGAGGGGCUGGAAAGGGGGCGGGUGGAGCGUCCAGAAAAGAAGAAGGAAGCGAGGCCCGGAGGAGGCGGCGGCGGCGGCUCGGCGGACCGUAGGGAGGAGACCCCACGCCACCCUUUCUGGUCAUCUCCCCUCCCGCCCCGCCCCUGCGCACACUCCCUCGCCGGCAAGCUACUUUCGGACGAGGAAAGUGACGGCGGCCCUGGGUGACAGCGCCGCGGGGUUAGUCCCGGGGAAGCCGCGCGUCUGUUCGCGUCUUGUCUGCCGCGCUCCCAGCCAGGGGGACAGCCCGGACCGAGGAUGGCUUCGACUGCAACCUGCACCAGGUUCACGGACGAGUAUCAGCUUUUCGAGGAGCUCGGAAAGGGGGCAUUCUCUGUGGUGAGAAGAUGUAUGAAAAUCCCUACUGGACAAGAAUAUGCUGCCAAAAUUAUCAACACCAAAAAGCUUUCUGCUAGGGAUCACCAGAAACUGGAAAGGGAAGCUAGAAUCUGCCGUCUUUUGAAGCACCCCAAUAUUGUGCGGCUUCAUGACAGCAUAUCAGAAGAGGGCUUCCAUUACUUGGUGUUUGAUUUAGUCACUGGAGGUGAACUGUUUGAAGACAUAGUGGCGAGAGAAUAUUACAGUGAAGCCGAUGCCAGUCAUUGCAUUCAGCAGAUCCUGGAGGCUGUGCUACACUGCCAUCAGAUGGGCGUAGUCCAUCGGGACCUGAAGCCUGAGAAUUUGCUUUUAGCUAGCAAAUCCAAGGGAGCAGCUGUGAAACUGGCAGACUUUGGCUUAGCCAUAGAAGUUCAAGGAGACCAGCAGGCGUGGUUUGGUUUUGCUGGCACACCUGGAUAUCUGUCUCCAGAAGUCUUACGUAAAGAUCCUUAUGGAAAGCCAGUGGAUAUGUGGGCAUGCGGAGUCAUUCUCUAUAUCCUACUGGUUGGAUACCCACCCUUCUGGGAUGAAGACCAGCACAGACUCUAUCAGCAGAUAAAGGCCGGAGCUUAUGAUUUUCCAUCACCAGAGUGGGACACAGUGACUCCUGAAGCCAAAGACCUCAUCAAUAAAAUGCUUACUAUCAACCCUGCCAAGCGUAUCACAGCCUCAGAGGCACUGAAACACCCAUGGAUCUGUCAACGUUCUACUGUUGCUUCCAUGAUGCACAGACAGGAGACUGUAGACUGCUUGAAGAAGUUUAACGCUAGAAGAAAACUAAAGGGUGCCAUCUUGACAACUAUGCUGGCUACAAGGAAUUUCUCAGCAGCCAAGAGUUUGUUGAAGAAACCAGAUGGAGUUAAGAAAAGGAAGUCCAGUUCGAGUGUUCAGAUGAUGAUAAACAACAAAGCCAACGUGGUAACCAGCCCCAAAGAAAAUAUUCCUACCCCGGCGCUGGAGCCCCAAACUACUGUAAUCCACAACCCUGAUGGAAACAAGGAGUCAACUGAGAGUUCAAAUACAACAAUUGAGGAUGAAGAUGUGAAAGCACGAAAGCAAGAGAUUAUCAAAGUCACUGAGCAGCUGAUCGAAGCUAUCAACAAUGGGGACUUUGAAGCUUACACAAAAAUCUGUGACCCAGGCCUUACUGCUUUUGAACCUGAAGCUUUGGGGAAUUUAGUGGAAGGGAUGGACUUUCAUCGAUUCUACUUUGAAAAUGCUUUGUCCAAAAGCAAUAAACCAAUCCACACCAUUAUCCUGAACCCCCACGUACAUCUGGUAGGCGAUGAUGCUGCCUGUAUAGCAUACAUUAGGCUCACCCAGUACAUGGAUGGCAGCGGAAUGCCAAAAACAAUGCAGUCAGAAGAGACACGUGUGUGGCACCGCCGGGAUGGAAAGUGGCAGAAUGUUCAUUUUCAUCGCUCGGGAUCACCAACCGUACCCAUCAAGCCAUCCUGUAUUCCAAAUGGGAAAGACAACUUCUCAGGAAGCACCUCUUUGUGGCAAAACAUCUAAGGCCUGAAAACCAUUCACAUAUGGUUCUUCUAAGUAUCAACAGUGCCACUUCCACAUUCUGUUCUCAAGGCACCCGGAUGGUAACCCUGGGCCGUCCUCUCCUCCUCUUCAUGCAUGUUUCUGAGUGCAUGAAGUUGUGAAGGUCCUACGUGUACUGCAUACGUGAGGCAUCAUAUAUUCCUUCCUAUACAUUGUUUACAUGUCAACUAUGGGGAUGUUCCAUGCAAACUUCAAUUGCUGUUGGCAAACAAUAGGGGGAGGUCAAAGAAAAUUCCAUGAUAUUCCGAGUACAACCUAAUCAUCCACCUAGUCAUAAACCUAUUUCUCUGUUUAUGCCAAGAUUUAACAGACUUCAUAAUUACUGUUCUCUGAAUGACAAGUUUGUAAGAGAAAUGUAAAUUUUUAAAACCUCUUUGCUGUUAAUCUGUUUUAGCUUGUUUGUUUAACAAAAAAAGGCAAAAAAAAAAAAGAUUACCUUAAGUUUCCUGGUGUGAUUCUGGUUGAAAUGGAGGGUUUCUGAUUGAAAGCUUAGUUGCUAUUUAACAGUUAAAGUGGGUCGGUUUGUGGGCAAGAAUCACUUACGAAUGUGAAAGCGAGAAUCAGUGGGUUUGCUCCCACCUAGAGUCACGUCAUUUGGGUCAAACUGGAAAAGCUCACGUCACGGACGAGUUUGAUCGCUUUACGGUAUUCUCGCCCUGUUUGUUUGGGUGACAUUUGCUGAAUUGAACUUUUUGUUCCUUUCUCAAACCUGUGCUCUUUUUUCUUCAUUUGCUUCCUUUUAUAUUUUUUCCAUUCUUUACUUUUUCCUUUUUGUCAAGUAGUGUGUGAGAAGAGUGAAAUUUGCAUAAGGUAAAAUAAAAACUGAGGCCUCCUGGAGGUAGCUAUUCUAACAUUUUUGAUCAUCUUCAGGGCCCCUGAAAAAUGUCAAGAAGAUUUUUAAAGGUUUUUAAUUUUGUGCUAGUUUGGACGUAGGGGUCCUGUGUUGGAGGUAAAUGUUUGAGAAGAGAAAGCAAGUAGGGGCCCGCUGUGCCUGCAUGUGCUCACCGUCUGGGGCAGCUGGCAGGAGACACCAGCUGGGUCAUGGAUCAGGAUUUUGUGCAGAUGCACUUACUUCUCUGCCUCUUGGGGCGGGCCCUCCUGCAUCAUCACUGGCUGGUGUUCUGAAGUUUGGGAGGCCUGCGAAGGUCUUCAAUUCUCCUAAGCAUUUUGACCUCGGUCUUUGUGACUCGUGCUUUCAUAGCGUCUCUCAUGUCAGUGAUGCUGUUGCCCUCCAGGGAGUUCGGGUUUUCCAGUUUUAAAAAAAGAAAAGGGAAACAUCCCUGUUUUCUUUGUGCUUCUCAUUUCUCUGUUUGUUCAAUUCCUGUGGGGCUUUAUCUCCUCCCUGAAAUGCUUUAGAGUGCAUGGUAUCUUCAUCAACGUUGUUUUAACAAUAGUAACUCAGAAUCCUCAGAAGCCUAUUUUUAAAGCUGAAGCAAAAAAGAAAACAACCCUCCCUCUUCGCUCUCAUUUCACCUUUCUGUGUUGAUUACUAAUCACCUUAGAUAUUGUUGCUAGUGGAUGUAUGGUAGAUGGAUUGAAACUUUUCUGAUAAUUAUUACACGAUUUAAAACAAUAUAUAUUUAAAGUAAAUAUAUACGGUAAAUGUAUUGAGCCAUGUUAACCUGCCAAUGAGAUCUGUGAAAAAGUAAUGGCCUCAUUUUUCCCUUUUUAAUUUCUCUUAUCUUUUUUGUGAAGCAGCUAUACGUGGCAUUCAUGUAUUUAAAAAAAAAAAUAGGUAUAGAGUGUUUUUUUUUUUUUUACACUUUUAGCAUGUGGUGUUGAAGUAUUACCGUAGAUCAAGUUUGUCUUCCACACUAAGAUGUGAGGAAAUUGUGAUUUGUUCUCUCCACCACAAUUGAAUUACACAUUUAUUAUCUGCUAUCAUUUUGAAACACUGCAGUUUACCAUGGGACACUGUAUAUAUUUCUUGCCAUAAUGGUAAAUGACUAUUUAAGAGUUAAUAAAUUUGUGAUUUCUGCUGA